AUGAUGGACAACGACCUGGUAGCCUUGAAGUCUUCCGACGGUGUCAUCAACGAUCCCACCAGUCGAUCAACAGUAAUGGCCAUGCAAAAGGGAAGCGAUGGUAUACCUAACGGCAUGAUAAUGUCAAAAGCCGGGUCGCCGUUUCUGAAAAGAUGGAUGCAGCGUUACGGUGAUGUAAGAGAGAAGCAGAAUUGGGAAGACUUAUCGGCGAGGACGCCAUAUGAAAUGUACCAGGACAAGGACCCUGAUUUGACUGUGCUAGACGGACAUUCAUGGUUCUACCCUCUCUCAUAUGAAGAUGACAGUGAAUCGGCCCUUAAAAGCCUGGCGUUUGGGAAGAGCUGGCAGGACAUCGAGAAAAAGUUAUGGUACCCGUCUUUGUCCACUCCUUCAGACAAGAACGUCAACUGCACCAUUACCUGGACUUCAGACUUAAAGGAGAAGGACCAGAGGAUAUUCUCGGAUUACAGAAUUGCAACGGACGAUCUCGACGCGAAAUGGAUCGAUUCCUCGGGCUUUAGCCAUCAUGGAUGGGCGCCAAAUGGGACUUUGCUACAGCAGGACGAGACCUCAGCAUUUACUUUUCGAAACCUUACGACUGGCUCUUAUGCUGUGUUGCCAGUGCCUGCCGAUUGGGACACAAGAGUCUAG